AUGGAAUCGACACUAACCAAUCAAGAUCCACUACUGAGAUUAAGAGUGGUUGCUGGUCAUUCACUUGCAAAGAAAGAUAUAUUUGGUGCAAGUGACCCUUAUGUAAGAAUUGAAUUGAACACUAUUGUUGGAAAUGUUGCAAUAGACUCAGUUUUAACUAAAACUAAAAAGAAGACCUUAAAUCCAGUUUGGAAUGAAGAGUUUGUGUUUCGGGUCCGUCCUCACGAACAUAAAUUAGUCCUGCAAGUAUUUGAUGAAAAUCGGCUCACAAGAGAUGAUUUUCUAGGAAUGGUUGAAGUACCAUUGAAUAAUGUUCCAAAAGAAAUUAUUGGCAGAAAUAUAUACAGUCUUCAAUAUUUAUUAAAACCUAGAAGUGCAAGAUCAAGAGUAAAGGGUUAUCUUGAGUUAUAUUUGGCUUACGUUCCAGAACAUGAACCUGGAACUUCCGGUCGCCUAUCUGCAGAUGGCGAAUGGGAAAUGAUCGAAAAUCCUGAAGUUUUAAAUAUUUCUCACACACCUUCUUCUUAUACACCAAAUGUUAUUGAGCCACAAGGGGUGUUACCUUCUGGUUGGGAAGAACGACAAGAUGCUAAUGGGAGAACUUAUUACGUAAAUCAUUUGGCUAGAUCUACUCAGUGGGAAAGACCAACAAUAACGGAUCUACCUGAUGUCAAUACAAUUCAAAACUUGGCAUUAGCAGCUACAGAGUUUGAAAGAAGAUAUCAUAUCAGUGUAGAUACUCCAGAAACUGAUAAAGGUGAUCCUAAUCGGAAAAAGGCCGUUCAAAGCGAUGCUGAUGAUGAGAGCGAUGAAGGAUAUGAAGAGUCAGAUCCACUUACUAACAUAGAUCGUCGGCUUUCCAGUAUAUCAGCAACAGCUGAUCAAAACCAGAGUGAUCAGGUUGAUUCAAAUGAACAAAGUAGUACUACUGUAGUAGUCCAAGAAGAUAUUCCCGAAGGAUCUGAUGGUCUACCGAAAGGAUGGUCUAUGCAAGUCGCCCCAAAUGGUCGAACUUUUUUUAUUGAUCAUAAUACAAGAGCUACAACUUGGGUUGAUCCUAGGACAGGUAGGGCAAGCUCUAUGCCUAAUCAAAGCCAACCACCAGCGGCUGAUCGUGUUGUAUCUACAUCAGCUUACAAUGAUGAAUUGGAACCUUUACCAGAAGGAUGGGAAGAAAGAGUUCAUGCAGAUGGAAGAAUAUUUUUUAUUGAUCAUAAUACAAGAACAACGCAAUGGGAAGAUCCUAGAUUAAAUAAUCCAAAAAUCGCUGGUCCUGCAUUACCUUAUUCUCGAGAUUAUAAACGGAAGUAUGAGUCUCUCAAAACAAGACUGAGUAAAAUGGCUCAUGGGCCACCUGCUAAAAUGGAGAUUAAAGUAAGGCGAUCAAAUAUACUUGAAGAUUCAUUCCGAAUUAUUAACUCCAUGCACCCAGAUAAAUUAAGAGCAAAAUUAUGGGUUGAAUUUGAACAAGAAGUUGGCCUUGAUUAUGGUGGUCUAGCUAGAGAAUGGUUUUUCUUGUUGUCUAAAGAAAUGUUCAAUCCAUAUUAUGGCCUUUUUGAAUACUCUGCUAUGGAUAAUUAUACAUUACAAAUUAAUGCUAUGUCAGGAUUAUGUAAUGAAGAACAUCUUCAUUAUUUUAAAUUUAUUGGGACUGUAGCUGGUAUGGCUGUGUAUCAUGGCAAACUAUUAGAUGCAUUCUUCAUUCGGCCUUUUUAUAAAAUGAUGUUGGAAAAGCCCAUUGAAUUGAAAGAUAUGGAAAGCGUGGACUCAGAAUAUUAUAAUUCACUUUUAUGGAUUAAAGAAAAUGACCCUUCUGAAUUAGAUUUAACAUUUUCACUUGAUGAGGAUAGUCUAGGGCAUACAUCUCAUAGAGAAUUGAAACCUGAUGGUGCAAAUAUUCACCUAACACAAGAAAAUAAAGAUGAAUAUAUAAGUUUAGUGAUUCAAUGGAGAUUUGUAUCCCGUAUACAAGAACAAAUGAAUGCUUUCCUACAGGGUUUUGGUUCCAUAGUACCUUUAAGUUAUAUUAAAAUUUUUGAUGAAAAUGAAAUGGAACUUUUAAUGUGUGGUAUUCAAAAUAUUGAUGUUAAAGACUGGAAAGAAAAUACUCAUUACAAAGGAGAUUAUUCACCCAACAAUAUUGUCAUUCAAUGGUUUUGGAGAGAAGGAAAGAAAGAAGAGGGACCUUCGGUCAAUAAGGACUCCUUAUUGAGGAGUCAAGUAAGUUCUAGAUUAGAUGCUGUUGGACAGAAGUGUAGUUGUGGGGAAUGUUAUCAUCAAGUAAUUGUGUUAUGGUGCUAUUGA